GAAUGCUGGCUAGGCAACAGAAUCAACAUUGAAGUAAGAAGACCUGGGAGUGCAGUUACUCGCUCAUUCAGUACAAAGGAUCUGGCCAAUGUGGAGGCACCAUGUUGACAAAGGAAUCUAGCAGGAAGUCUGAUGUUCCUCGUUUUAUCUUCCAAACACAAGAAAUCCUCUGAACAUCUACGCCAUGGAGCAUCAAAAAAUUAGCCCCUGAUAGUGAUUCCCGUUCUGAUCCAGGAAUUUCAGCGCAAGCCUCCUGACCCUUGUAGUGUUUUAUCCUUAGACGGCAAACACACACCUGCCGUCUCUUGAGAUAAGAAGAUCAUUAUUGAGAAACAUAAAAAUAGACCCCAUAGCCAUGAAUCUGUGUGAGUUAUGGAGACGGAUACGAAUCCCAUUGUGGCUUGUGAUCCUCAUGACAUGUGGAGGGAUCAUUGGAGGUCUGUUGGGAGGAUUCAUGCUCACAUUUCAGUUCGGAAACUACCAUGCCGGUACAUGGUCGUUUCUUAGUGCCAUUCCUGCUCUUUGGUGCCUCCAUUUGCACUCGCUUCACUACUUCAAAUCUCUGGAUGUCGUCCAUACUUCCAUAUCGCUGAAAGUGAUUGCCCAUUGCUCUUCAGCCAUAUCAAUGGUGUCCUUCUUGGCUGCCCUGACUUAUCUCACGUUGGCCUUGCUUUUCCGUCAACCUCUCUUUCCUAUCAAUCACAGCUUUGUUUUAGCGGCCGUGCAGGCUUUCUUGAACACCAAAUGGCACUUGCUACUACGAUAUCACGCCAAGCGAUAUCGGAUGCUACUCGACGAAGGAUAUUUCACUGACCUGACAGCGCCUGAAGGUGUUUAGUAACCCACUAACUAGUCAAGAUGCUUUGGUGAACCCCUCCCCUCGAAACAAAGGGUUCAUUUUGAAAAACCGUUCGGCCAGAAUUAUUGAACCAUCGAGCCGUCAAAAUCGGCUUGAAACGGAUCCUGUGUAUUGUCAGAUUGUCUAUCCCCAGAUCAUGGAUGAUUUUUUUUUUAUCUUGUGUGUCCUAACUAUUCAUGAAAUAGAUUUAUAUUUCGAUCAA